AAAUGGACAUGAUGAAGGAGAGGUUUUCCAAGCUGCUCCUUGGUGAAGACAUGUCCGGCAGCGGAAAGGGUGUUUCCUCUGCGCUCGCCUUGUCCAACGCCCUCACCAAUCUCGCCGCUUCUGUAUUUGGAGAACAAUGCAAGCUAGAGCCAAUGUCUGAAGAGAGAAAGGCAAGGUGGAAGAGAGAAGUAGAUUGGCUCGUGUCUGUCACAAAUUACAUCGUCGAAUUCGUUGCUUCUGAGCAGAAAGGGAAAGAUGGAACCAGCAUGGAGAUAAUGGUGACACAGCAAAGGAAAGACCUCCUGAUGAACAUCCCAGCUCUGCGCAAGCUUGACGCCAUGCUCCUUGACACACUUGAUAACUUCAAGAAUGAGCAAGAAUACUGGUAUGUCUCAAGAGAUGCUGAGGAGUCUGAGAAAGGGGUUCAGAGAGGAGACAAGUGGUGGCUUCCUACAAUCAAGGUUCCGCCAAACGGCCUCUCACAAGACUCGUGCAUCUUCAUGCAGAAGCAGAAGGACGCCGUGGUUCAAGUGCUCAAAGCAUCCAUGGCCAUCAAUGCUCAGAUUUUAUCAGACAUGGAUGUCCCUGAAACCUACCUGGAAACUCUUCCGAAGAAUGGGAAAUCAUGCCUAGGUGAUUCAAUCUACAAAAGCAUAACUGAUGAGGUGUUUGAUCCUCAGCAGUUUCUAUCAACCCUGGACUUGUCAUGUGAAAACAAAGUGGUGGAUAUCAAGAACAGAAUUGAGGCAUCAGUUGUGAUAUGGAAGAGAAAAAUGAAUAACAAGGAUAGCAAGCCUUCAUGGGGUUUCACCGUGAGCACGGAGAAGAGAUGUAUUUUCGAGGAGAGAUUAGAGACAAUCUUGAUCCUAUUGAAGCAUCAGUUUCCUGGACUUCCUCAAUCAUCACUUGACAUAACCAAAAUCCAGUACAACAAAGAUGCAGGGCUAGCGAUCCUCGAGAGCUAUUCGAGAGUGCUGGAGACCUUGGCCAACACGGUUAUGUCACGUAUAGAUGACGUUCUGUAUGCUAAUACCAUGGCUCGGGAAUCUGGCACGGGGGCUACGAUGUUGCCAAGGAAGAGCAACGUCAUGAGCGCAGGAGACGAGCCGGUGGAGAAGAUGAGUUGUGGUAUAAACACACCAAUGUCAAGGACAAUGACAAUCUCAGAUUUCAUGGGGUGGGGAGUUGAGCCUGAAAAAUGUAGUUUUGAUGUUUGA